CUCUCUUAUGGGAGAAAACUUGGCAGGACAAUAUUUGCUUAUGCUUGUCAAAAUCCAUCGAAUAUGGUAAUGAGUGUAUAUAUAUAUCGCAUAACCGCAUUAUGUGUUGACCUUUUCAUGUUGAAGGUUGAAGUCAAUACAGGUUGAAAAUAAUCUUCAUUCUUAAUACAGGCAAGUCAGAAUUGUUCAUUCUUUCAAAAUGUUGAAUUUGGUAUUCUAAAAUCCACAGGCGGUAAAUGCCGUAACUUUGGAUUUUUUUUUUAUUGGUUUAUUUUUCCGUUUCUGAGAGCUCAAGCUAUAUACUCAUUAUUGUUAGGAUCCUUAGAGUUAAUCAAAGUCUCUCGUUUGCCUGUGCUUACAAACAAAAAAACCCUUUCUGGUCUAAAAAAAAGUCGUUGCCUGUUGCUCUCCAUGGAUCUUCCUUUCAUGAGCAUAAGACUGUUUCUUUUACGGGCUCGCUGUGCUCUGCUGUUGCUUGCAGUCUCGCAUGCAAUUUCUGCCCAAACAAUCAGAUUCGCAGACGAUAAUGAUAAACAAGCAUUGCUAGAGUUUAAGUCUCGAGUCUCUGAAGAGAGAAGAAUUGCAUUGGUCUCGUGGAAUGACUCGUAUCCUCUCUGCAGGUGGGUUGGGGUUAUGUGUGGCUCGAAGCACAAAAGGGUCACCGGUUUGGACCUUGGAGGGCUGAAACUAACUGGGACAGUCUCACCCUUUAUUGGUAACCUCUCAUUUCUCAGAUCACUUAAUCUUGCCUACAACUUUUUUCGUGGUACCAUCCCUUCCGAGUUUGGAAUGUUGUUCAGGCUCCAACACUUGAACAUGAGCAAUAAUUUUCUCGGAGGGGAGAUCCCGGUUGGCCUGUCUAACUGUUCCAACCUUUUAACCCUAGAUCUAUCAUCAAACCAUCUUGAACACCAUGUUCCUUCUGAGCUAGGGUCUUUGCCUAAACUUAUCGUUUUAUCUCUUGGUAGAAACAAUCUAACAGGGAAUUUCCCUACCUCUUUGGGAAAUCUGACAUCACUCCUGCAGCUCGACUUUAUAUAUAACCAAAUGGAAGGAGAGACCCCAGAGAGUGUCGCCAGACUGACACAGACAGUGUUUUUCCGAAUAGCAUUGAACAAAUUCUCUGGUGUUUUCCCCCUUCCUAUUUACAACCUAUCCUCCCUUGUGUUCUUGUCCAUAACUAGCAACAAUUUCUCGGGUAACUUGAGGCCUGAUUUUGGCACUCUUCUCCCUAACCUUCAGAUCUUGUACAUGGGGAUCAACUAUUUCACCGGCACCAUUCCAGUUACACUUUCCAAUAUUUCAAGUCUCCGACAUCUUGAUCUUCCGUAUAACCUUCUAACAGGAAGUAUACCAUUGAGUUUUGGGAAACUAGGGAAUCUGCAACGGUUAGGGCUUAACAAUAACUCUCUGGGUAAUUUCACCUCUGGUGAUCUUGAUUUCCUUGGUGCCAUGACUAAUUGCACUCAAUUGCAGUACUUGAAUGUUGCCUACAAUAGACUGGGGGGUCCAUUACCCGUCUCCAUAGGCAAUCUCUCCAACCAGCUGACAGAAAUCUCCCUUGGAGGAAAUCUAAUCUCUGGAAAUAUUCCUCAUGAGAUUGAAAACCUCAUAAGCCUGCAGACGUUAGACUUGGGACAAAAUCUGUUGACGGGUAAACUUCCUGCCUCGUUAGGAAAGCUUUCUGGAUUGGUAAAGGUCUUGCUGUAUUCAAAUGGAUUGUCAGGAGAGAUACCAUCUUCCUUGGGCAAUAUCUCUGGGUUACAGUAUCUUUAUUUGCUCAACAAUAGCUUCGAAGGGGGUAUCCCUUCAAGUCUUGGAAAUUGCAGUUAUCUUCUGGACCUGGAGCUUGGUACUAACAGGCUAAGUGGUAUCAUUCCUCAGGAACUUAUGGAACUUCCAUCUCUUGUUAUAUUGAAUGUCUCGUAUAACUCUUUGGUUGGUGUUUUGCCGAAAGACAUUGGAAAUGUGAAACAUCUCUUUGCAUUAGAUGUUUCAUACAAUAAAUUAUCAGGGCAGAUCCCAUGGACGUUAGGGAGUUGUCUCUCGUUGGUGUUUCUUUGGUUGCAAGGGAAUUUCUUUGAUGGAGUCAUCCCGAAUAUACAUGAGUUGUCUGGCCUCAAAUUCCUUGAUCUGUCCAACAACAAUCUAUCUGGCACAAUACCUGGAUAUCUGGUGAACUUUUCUUCUCUGCAGAAUCUAAAUCUCUCCAUGAACAACUUUGAAGGAGCUGUGCCGACAGAAGGGGUAUUUCGGAACUCUAGUGCAGUCUCUGUCUUUGGUAACACGAAGCUAUGUGGAGGCAUCCCAUCAUUGCGGCUUGAGCCAUGCCCUGUAUUACAAAUGCCAACGAAAUCAAGAAGGAAUUCAUCAGUCAGAAAAAAAAUCGCCAUUGGAAUCAGUCUUGGUGUAUCAUCACUUCUGUUGGUAUUUCUGACUGUGUUAUCUCUAUCUUGGUGCAAACGGAGGAUGAAGAAUGACCGGGAAGACAACAAUGAUGAGAAUGAUCAGUCUAUUAUCCCCUUCAAGUCGUUCUAUGAAAGGAUAAGUUAUGAAGAGCUUCAUAAUGCAACCGGUGGCUUCUCUUCUGGCAAUCUGAUUGGGUCAGGAAAUUUUGGGGUUGUGUAUAAAGGAUUCCUUGGGCCGGAGAAUAAGGCGGUUGCAAUCAAAGUAUUGAACCUCGGGAGACAUGGAGCUGCGAAGAGUUUUAUGGCAGAAUGUGAAGCGUUACGAGGAAUGAGACAUCGUAACCUCGUGAAACUGAUUACUGUUUGUACGAGUGCUGACUUUAAAGGCAACGAAUUCAGAGCUCUGGUUUUCGAGUUCAUGCCAAAUGGAAACUUAGAUAAGUGGCUGCACCCAGAUGAAGUAAUCGGAGUUGAAGGCAUUGGCAUUCCCCUAAGAACCCUUACCCUUCAUGAAAGACUCAACAUUGCCAUAGAUGUGGCUUCGGUUUUGGUAUAUCUUCAUUCUUACUCUCACAUCCCUGUAGCUCAUUGUGAUCUGAAGCCGAGCAACAUUCUUCUAGAUGAUGAUAUGAAUGCCCAUGUCAGUGAUUUUGGAUUGGCUCGCCUUCUUUUGAGUUUCGAUCGAGAAUCAUUCCAUAACCGAUUCAGCUCGGCAGGUGUGAGAGGAACCGUCGGUUACGCUGCCCCGGAAUAUGGAAUGGGAGAUCAACCUUCGAUAAUGGGAGAUGUGUACAGCUUCGGGAUCCUCUUGUUGGAGAUGUUCACCGGGAGAAGACCAACGGAUGAGUUAUUCGUGGACGAUUUUAGCCUUCGCAACUUUGCCAAGUCAGCAUUAGCGGGCCGAGUACUAGACAUUGCAGACAGAUCAAUGCUUCAGGACGCAGAAUGCGAAACAGGAGAAUGCUUGAAACUUGUUUUGCAGGUGGGAGUGAAGUGUUCUGAAGAGUGUCCGAUGAAUCGGAUGAGGAUGGGUGAAGCUGUGAACGAGUUGGUCUCUGUCAGACAGUGGCUCUUGGGGGGCAAGAAGACUUCUGAACUAGACGAAGAGACCUCCAUGGGAAGUGACUUUGCUGAAAGCGAGGGAACGAUGUGUAGAUUUGUAAUAGGAACGUGUGGAUCGAGUCCGACAGAUUUUAUGUUCGGUUUGGGUGAAGAUUCCUCGCCGGAAAACCUGCCGGAAUCUUCUGUCUACGGUUCUCCAACGGCGGAACUCACGGUAGUAAAAGGGAGAGACUUUGAACAGAGAUCACAAGGGGUCAUUGUACUAUUCCCAUUCAUGGAAGAUAAACUGCUGAGGAAGAACUUGCCUGUGGUCGCUGAUUCUUUUCCAAUUGUUGACCGAGACCAAUACUGCUCUAUGUGCUGUUUCCAUUAUCUUUUGCUCCAAAUGGGUCUUCCUUGUAUCAGCACGAGGGUGUUUCUUUUACUGGCUUUCCAUGUUCUUAGGCUGCUUCAAGAAUUGGAUGUGGUCUCUGCUCAAACAUUGGAUGAGAUCGAUAAACAAGCAUUGGUUGAUUUUAAGUCUGGAGUCUCUGACAACGGUGGAAUUUUCUUGACUUCAUGGAACGAUUCUGUUCCUUUGUGCGAGUGGUUUGGGGUCACAUGUGGGCAGAAACACAAAAGAGUCACUGAUGUGGAGCUUGGAGGGCUGAAAUUGAGAGGGAUGGUCUCUCCAUCAAUCAGUAAUCUCUCCUUUCUCAGAUCACUUGAUCUUUCAGGUAACUCUUUCCAUGGUACAGUCCCUCCAGAGAUUGGAAAGUUGUUCAGGCUCCAAAACUUGAACUUGAGCAAUAAUGUACUCGGAGGGGGAAUUCCUGAUGGUCUGUCUAACUGUUCCAAUCUUUUAACCCUCGAUUUAUCGUCAAACAAGCUCGAGCAUGAUGUUCCUUCUGAACUAGGAUCGUUUUCCAAGCUCGUGCUUCUAUAUCUUGAUCAAAACAGUUUGAUAGGGAAAUUUCCUGCUUCCUUGGGGAAUCUGACAUCACUCCAGAGACUUGACAUUGGAGAUAACCAUAUCGAAGGAGGGGUUCCGGAUAGCAUAGCCAGACUAGCAAAGAUAAAGUUCCUCCGGAUUGCAGAGAACAAAUUUGCAGGUGGUUUUUCUCCCGCCAUUUACAACUUAUCUUCGCUUGAGUUUUUAUCCAUAGCCAGCAAUAAUUUCUCCGGCGAACUCAGGCCUGAUUUUGGGGAUCUUUUCCCUAAGCUUCAAGUGCUGUAUCUGGGGUUUAAUCAUUUCGGAGGAACCAUUCCAGUUACACUCUCCAAUAUUUCGACUCUUGAAAAGUUGGUCAUGCUGUCUAACAAUCUAAAAGGAGGCGUACCUGUGGAUUUUGGUAAGCUUUGGAGGCUGCAAAGGCUAGCACUUGGUAAAAAUUAUUUUGGAAGCUACUCUGUUGGUGAUCUUGAUUUUCUCGGUGGUUUGACUAACUGCACUCAGCUUCAGCUCCUAGAUGUUGGCUUCAACAGACUUGGAGGUAAGUUGCCUUCCUCCAUAGCCAAUCUCUCCAGCCAACUCACUUUUCUCUCUCUUAAAGGAAAUCUCAUCUCUGGUGGAAUUCCUACUGAUAUUGGAAACCUCAUAAGCUUGCAAACGCUUAGGCUGGAACAAAAUCAGUUGGCAGGUCGACUGCCCGACACAUUGGGGAAGCUUUCUGGAUUGGUAGGGCUCAUUCUACACUCAAACAGAAUGUCUGGAUUGGUCCCAUCUUCCUUGGGCAAUCUCAGCCGGUUAGGGAUUCUCCAUUUGUACAACAACAGUUUUGAAGGAAGCAUCACUCCAAGUAUUGGAAAAUGUACUUACCUUCAAGAGCUAGGGCUGGCUUCUAACGAAUUGAAUGGCACCAUUCCUCAGGAACUUAUGGACUUCCCAUCACUUGUUCGCUUUGAUAUUUCAUACAAUUCCUUGGUUGGCCCCUUUCCAGGAGAUAUUGGAAAGUUGAAACUUCUUCUUGUACUUAAUGUUUCCUACAACAAGUUAUCAGGACAGAUUCCACAGACAUUGGGAAAAUGUCUCUCAUUGGAAUACAUUUUGCUGCAAGGGAAUUCCUUCCAUGGAGCCAUCCCAGAUAUUCGAGGAUUGACUGGCCUCAUAAACCUCGAUCUGUCUAACAACAAUUUCUCUGGUCCUAUUCCUGGAUAUCUGGCAAACUUUUCUUCUCUACAGAAUCUUAAUCUGUCCAUGAACGAUUUCGAAGGUCCAGUGCCUACAGAAGGUAUAUUCCAAAACGCUAGUGCAGUUUCGGUCUUUGGUAAUACGAAGCUUUGUGGAGGUAUCCCAGAACUGAAGUUAAUGCCAUGCUCUGCUCAGUUGCCUACUAAACCGAAAAGGCAUUCUCCAAUCAGAAAGAAAAUUGCCAUUGCUGUAGUUGUAGCUGUAAAUUUACUUCUGUUGACACUCCUUGCCAUUGUUUUUCUAUGUUGGUUCAGAAAAAAGACCAAAAAUGGCAGAACAGAAGACAACAAUGAUCCCUCAUAUUCUCAUUUUGAGCCCUUCUAUGAAAAGCUAAGUUAUGCUGAACUUUAUAAUGCAACUGAUGGCUUCUCUUCCGGCAAUUUGGUCGGGUCUGGCAAUUUUGGUGUUGUGUUUAAAGGGUUCAUAGGUUCCGCAAACAAGGUUUUUGCUGUUAAAGUUCUGAACCUCCAUAAGUAUGGGGCUGCCAAGAGCUUUAUGGCGGAAUGUGAAGCUUUAGGAGGCAUAAGACAUCGUAACCUCGUGAAAAUCGUGACUGCUUGUUCCAGUAUUGAUUUUAAAGGGAAUGAAUUCAGAGCUCUGGUAUAUGAGUUCUUGCCGAAUGGGAGCUUAGAUCAGUGGCUGCACACAGGGGAAGUAGAAGGGAGGCGCAGUCCAGCAAGAACCCUAACCCUUCAUCAAAGACUCAACAUUGCUAUAGAUGUGGCUUCAGCAUUGGUCUAUCUUCAUGACUUCAGCCAUAGUCCUAUAGCUCAUUGUGAUCUUAAACCAAGCAAUGUUCUUCUGGGCGAAGAUCUCACUGCCCACAUCAGCGAUUUUGGUUUAGCACGUCUACUCCUGAAAUUCGAUCAGAAAUCCUUUUAUGAUCAACUCAGUUCUGCAGGUAUCAGAGGAACCAUCGGUUACACUGCACCAGAGUACGGAAUGGGAGGUCAGCCAUCGAUAUCGGGGGAUGUGUAUAGCUUUGGAAUCCUCUUGUUGGAGAUGUUCACCGGGAAAAGACCUACCGACACAAUCUUUGCCGGAGAUUUUAACCUUCACAGCUUUACAAGGUUGGCAUUGCCAGAACGAGUAUUGGACAUUGCAGAUGCAUCAAUUCGCGAGAGUUUAGAUGGUCGGAUGGACAUGGCCGAUGCCUCUGAAUGCUUGAAGAUGGUUUUCCAUGUCGGAAUCAGGUGUUCUGAAGAAUCUCCGGUGAACCGGAUAGCCAUGGCUGAGGCUUUAAACAAGCUGGUUUGUAUCAGAGAGAGGUUCUGUGGACAAACAAAAGUCCAACGGUAGAGUUUGAUAGGCAGGGGAUGUACAUACACAAUGAGACACCUAUCUCUACAUGUGUGCAUGUGUUUAUAUAUACAUUAUCUCUAUGUAGAUGAGCCACUUCCUCGUCUAUAUAUACUUGUAUGCACUUCGAUCUUAUUUUGAACAAAUUCAACUUUGCUUAUUUA